AUGCGUUCCGCUAUUGCCUUCACUCUUUCCACUCUCGCCCUCGCUGUCUCUGCAGCUCCUGCCCGUCGUACAGACUCUGUUCAAGUUCAAUUUGCCAACGAUGUCACUGGAGCAAACGGCAACGCCUUUAUCCCUCUUGAUGGAUCCAAUGUUAGCCUUGGACAGGCUUACGCCGAUACCAACCUCGAGAAGGACGGAACUCUCUUUGUCACUAGUCUGGAGUUUACUGCCGACUUUAGCAACGUGGCAUGUGUUGUCUUGAAGGAUCUCGAAACAGUGGUUGCCAGCAUUGCCGACCCAGAGCGAGACUUUCAGACAUUCUCUCAGAAGCCUUUGAACUGGCAAACUGGUUUCACAAUCGCCUGCAACCGAUCUACUUAG